CCAUGUCGUGCCACGUCUUCAGCUAGCGAGCAAAACCCCCUUCUUUCGUUUCGACCUAGUGUUCUUCGCAGACACACGUUCCCAGCACACGCUCGCGCUUUCUCUCACACGAGAGAGAAGAUCAAAGCAAAGAAAGGAAGGAAUGGCGUCGGCGGCGGCUUCCGGGUGUGUGGGAUUAGUGUCUGGAACAGCAACGACGAGCGCAUCGUCGUCCAAAUUCUUUGCCGGCCAAUGCCGGGUCUCUCCAGCCGCGUCGUGGAAUCGGAGAGUCCCCUCCUCCGCCGGAUUGGUGGUGAGAGCUUGCGAGACCGCCGCCGCUCCACCAGCCACCGAGAAGAAGCCAGAGCCGGUUGGGCCUAAGCGUGGAUCAAUUGUGAAGAUCUUGCGGCCAGAGUCGUAUUGGUUCCAGACCACGGGCAAGGUCGUGACAGUGGAUCAGACCCCCGGCGUGCUCUACCCCGUUGUUGUUCGAUUCGAGAAGGUGAAUUACGCUGGAAACUCCACAAACAACUACGCGCUGGACGAGGUCCAAGAAGUUUAAAAAGAAGCGCUCUCGUGUAAACCACAUAUAUCUCUCGCCUUUAUCUGUGAAAGAAAAAAAAGAGAAAAGAUCCUUACAAGAACUGUACUUAAGGUCUAAAACGGGUAAUUUUAUAAGAUGGGCUCCCGUGGCCUAAUGGAUAAGGCAUUUGACUUC